ACUUUAACCUGUAACCACUCCUGCAGAGACACAUACCUAACAGUGACCAGACAAGGGGACGAGUCCCUGUCCGCUUCUCAAGCAGAGGUACCAAAGGAUGGAUGAUAAACACUGUGGAAAUAUCCUAAGCUGGCUGGGUUUUCAAACAAGAGAAGAGCAACAGGAUGUUCUUGUUCUAAAUGUCCUGUUGCUAGGUGAGAGGCAGAGUGGGCGGAGCUCUGUGGGGAACGCGCUUAUUGGUGGACACGAAUUUCAGACAGGAACCUCCGUUUCUGGCGUUCCCGUGACUGCAGAGCUAGGGGUCCGAAGCAGGAAGUUUUCUGCUUUUUUUAGAAGGCAGGGGGCGGAGUCUGACCUCAUGUUGAGAGUUAUGGACACACCCCCAACGAAGCUUCGCCCACAGAGCCUGCAGGAGCUCUGUACUGAUGGGGUUCAUGUGGUCGUGGUUGUUGUUAGAGUGGAUCAGCUGAAUGAAAACUCGCGACUGCUGCAUCAAGCAGAGAGUCUCUUCGGUCCAGAGUGGCGUGAUCACGCCAUGCUGGUAUUCACACAUGCUGAUCAUCUGGGAGAGGCAGGGCUUCAGCCGUCCGUUUACCUCUCCCAGACCUCCGAUUGGCUGCGCACUCUGGCUAAAGAGGCUAGGGGUGGGGCCUUUUUUCUGGACAACAACUCUGACUGGCCAUCAGUCAGAGGCCGCCCGCUGAGAGACAAACUUCUCCAACUAUCGGCAAAGAAUCAUCACAAAGCUCUGAGGUUUAGGCCAGACUAGUCAGUCUGUCAGAAACCCGGAGGACUUUGAGUGUCCAGUUUAAUUUCUCAUUUGCUAAUUUGGAGUUAGAAUACAUUAGUGAACGUGUUUGAACUUUAAACAUCUGUUACUUCAAUCUUAGCCUUAGAUUUAAAUAUAUAAAUAUACACUGAUUAUGGCAGCUA